AUGUUAAAUAUAGGAACCAGCCAAUAUAGUGGGCUAAGUUUAUGCAUACGGUCAAUCAGUAGGGUACUGACAAUAAGACUCAAUUCCACAUCCACAAAGUCUAAUACAUUAAUAUACAAUUUAAACAAUUAUCAAAGCACAUUUCCUCAAGAUACAUUAAUAAACAAUGACAUUACAACUUUAAAACAAAUAAUAUCCAAAAAACACGAGCCACAAACUUUCAAAAUAGGAGUGCUAUACGAAUCAAAACAAAUCGAACAAAAUUCAAAAAUGAUUGAGGUCUUAUUGGCUGAUCCAUUAGCUUCAAAUAAUCAAAUUUGGUUUGAAAAAAUUGUAAAAAGACAUGGAUUAGGUAGAUUUCUAUUUGGUGAAUACAAAACAGAUUUAGUCGAUGAUAAUCCAGAAUUAGAUAAUCUCAAUCCUUUUGAAUUACCAUCUCCAAUUUUAAGUGGGAUUUAUAGAACAAGAUAUGGUAAAGAACCUGAUUUAACUCAAAAUGAUUUAAUUAUUGAAGAAAUUGACCCGCAACAACAUUUGGAAAGUAUAGAUGAUUUUACUUACUUUAUCUAUGUCACAAAUCAAUUUAAUACAUCAAUAUCAAACUUACCAGAAGGCUUAAAAAAUAGAAUAUUCUUAAAAGUCAUUGAUAAUGUUGAAUAUUCACCUAAAAGUUCUGAGUCUACACCAAUCUCAUUAGAUACGUCCAUACAUACUCAUAUCAUCAAAAUUGAUUCAAACUUGGCCUAUAAAGGGAUAACAAAUUUUAUGUUAAAUGACGUCAAAGCCACUGAUUCCUACCUCAAUAGUUUAACCAAUAGUAACGUGCACCAACUUUUCAAAUUUAUCGAUUACUACGCUAGAACAAAUAAUGCAAUCAAUUGGUACUUAGGGAACGUGAAGUCAUUAAUUCAUAAUAAAUUAACUAAGUCCAAAUCAUCUUUCGAAGAAGAUCCUACAACUAUAAAAUUGGAUAUAGACAAAUUCAUUCAAUUAGUUAAUACCGAACUACAAUACGACUUUGAGCCAAAAACUGAGAAUUUUAUCAAGAAGAAUUUAUCAUGGUGGAAAUUAUAUUACAAAAAUGAUAAUGUCGAAUAUGAUUUAAAAGACUUUUUCAAUGAAAAUUUUAUGAAUAAAAGUAUAGAAAAUUAUAAUCUUUUAAGGGGUAAAAUCAUUGAUUCUGAUGAAGCUGAUAAAAAUCCAUUGUUAGAAUUGAAAAAUGAAGUUAUCAAUAAACAAAUCAAUGAAACUGUUCAAGCUAUGGUUGUUUCAAUUUUGAGUAAAGCUUUUAUUUAUUAUCAAUUACCAAUUACUGUAAUAUCUGGAUUAGCUUAUCAAUUUUUUGAUUUUUCUGCAAAUUCAUGUAUUGCAUUAUUAUGUUUAGGUUGGGUAUUAGGAUUUAAUCAAGUUUCUAGAGAAUGGUUGAAGUUCAUGAACAAUUGGUGUAACAACUUAUAUGAAGAGAUUAGAUUGACGUUGACAAGAGAUUGUAUAGAUGGAUUAUCAAAAGAAGCCAAUAAUCAAAUUUUUAGAAUUAAAGAUGAAACAAAAUUACGUGAAAAACUUUUGACAGAGAUUGAACAUAAAGUAGAUUAA